UUGCAAACAUUUCGUGUUGCUGCUUCAGUUGCUUGAAAAACGCGAUCGUGUGAAGUACGUAAAAAACUGCUAACGGAAUAGAGCAUUAAAAUCAGUCGACGUCAGCUUAAGUGCAGAGUUUUUAAAUUAACUGUAUACGUUGGUUGCUAACACGCACAUAUACAUACAUACGUAAUUAACAAAAGUUUAAAUAAGUUAGAAGAAAACUUUUGAAAACAAUGGCCAACACAUUCUACGGUAAAUUGGCUAUCGCUGCGCUGCUUUGUGUGGGUUUUGCUUUGCUGAUCAACGCUCAGGAUAAACCAGUCACCGAUGUUUGCCUGGGUUGUAUUUGUGAAGCGAUUAGCGGCUGCAAUCGCACAGCCACUUGCACUGGCGGCAUAUGUGGUCUGUUUCGCAUCACUUGGCCCUACUGGGCUGAUGGUGGCAAGCAGACAUUGAACGGCGAAUCACCAGAAUCGGAGUCCGCCUACGCCAACUGCGUCAACGAUCCCUACUGCGCUGCCGACACCAUACAAAAUUACAUGACCAAAUAUGCGCAGGAUUGUAAUGGUGACAGUCAAGUCGAUUGCUAUGAUUAUGCGGCUAUACACAAGUUGGGAGGCUAUGGUUGCAAGGGCGAAUUGGGCUAUAAUUAUCUGAAUACAUUGUCGAAUUGCUUGAGCCUGUUUCAGGGUUAAGUGAGCAAAAGAGGAUGCAGAGACGGCUGUUGAAGUGGAACGCCGCAAGCUACAUAAUAAUUUUUGCUCUGUCUUUAUAUAGCAUUACGUUGUUUUUUGUUGCAUUCAACGAGAUGCAUUACUGUAAUACUGGAUCUGAAACUUAUUAAUUUUUAAUUUAAAAUUACUUUUAUGAAAACCGAUUAUAAUAUUAAUAAAUAUUAUUUUAAAUUUA